CCACACCAGCUGAUGCAGCGUGUGCAAGUGCAGCACGUGCAGCAGCUACUCGGCCACAGCAGCAACGGCCAACACCAGCUGGCGGACCAUGUGCACCACCACCACGUCCACCACGUCCAUGUGCAGCAGGACUCUGUUCAACACCACCAACACCACUACCAACAACAACAACAUCAGCACCACCAGCAGUCUGUCUUCCAGCAGGGCCAAGAGCGUCUUCUUCAUGACGACGGGCGCCCGGCUCGCAAGCGGGCGCACCUCAGUCUCUCCUUUGCACAGCAGGUGUAUCUUGCACAGCAGCACCAGCAGCAACGGCAGCACCAGCACCAGCAGCAACAACAACAGAUGGCUGCUGCAGCCCAGGCCUACACAGCCCCUGCCCCUCCUUUCCAAGCAGUCCAGCCGAUGUUGGCACAGGCAGCGACGCAGGCUGGGCAGCAUGGGCAACGCGACCAGCCGUCCUUGCCACAGCAAGCAUCUCUCGAACAGCAGCAGAAACGGAAACGGCGGCUCGCAAAGAAGAAAGACACGGAACAGACUCGUCGUGACGCCAUCAGAGCUCAUGUCAAUGAACUCCGCCGUAUCGUGCUGCCAGAGAAUGCCUCGGCCAUCCUGCGCUGGAGUUACCAGGCGGUGGUCAUGACAUGUGCUGUCUACGCCUUCACCAAGGCUGACCCAGGGUUCUUUGAGCUCGCAAACAUGCACCGCCAGCGCGUGCGCAAGGAGCUACUGACGGCCGCCUUUGUGCGCCAGGUUUUGCCGGAGUGCGCCCACGCUGACGCCUGCACAACGCCAUCACAGCGCAGGCUGCAAGCGCUGACAGGGGAUAACAAGCGAACCGAGUAUGAAGGAAUUGUCUACGAUCGGCUGGCCGCCCUUGUCAGCCCCGAAGAGAAUGAGCACGCGAGGAUUUUGCGAGCUGCACGUGACAGGAUCACAAGCGACGGGUGCCGACUCACUGAACAGGAGCUGAUUGAGGUCGCAGAAUUGCUUGGCGAGCGCAAGCAAGGGUGAUUCCUCCAUCGCUGCGCGCGACUUGCUGCACGCGGCUUGCUGCUGUCGUGUCUUUGAAUUUGCCUUGAUUCAGUCUCUGCCUGACCGUGCCCCUUGUCUUGCGAGCUGUGUCGUGCUUUCUGUCUUUCUUUCUGUGUCUCGUCACUCGUGUCACUGUGCUUACUUCACGUUGGCUAUUCCAGUCAAUACCACUUCCUUCUUCGUCUUCCUCCCUGCCUCCCUGCCUGCCUGCCUCAGCCUCUUUACCCGCGUAAUGCUCCUCCCCUGUCACAUCUUUCACGUUGUGAUCACUCGGCUCUAACUCAUCUUGCCUCACACCUAUCCCUCAAUCCUUUCAUCCUUCAAACCAUCUCUACCCUAUCCUCUUCCCUUCAUCAUAUGCGAUCGUUUGUGUAUUCUCCUGUUUUGAUGUGCUGCGAUGUCGUCCCCAUAUCCUUUGGUUGUCUGUCUGUCUUUCUUGUGUGUGUUCAUUUCUUUACUUCUUGCGCGUUGGCCAUGCUGUGCUUCCCGCUCACGCUGACUGCCUGGCUUCCCCCAGCGUGCGUGUUCAUGUUUGUGCGUGCUCGGUGUUCCUGUGCGUGCUUGCUUGUGCUUCCUUUUCGUUUCAUUCGUGUCGGAUCUCCUCUACUCUUAUUGCUUGUCUGUCCAAUGUCCAGUACAAAUCCCGCAGCUACGCCAG